CAAAGUUUUCCAGUAGGAGGUUGAUUAGGAAAACCACUUCUGAGCUGAUGCGAGUCAUGUAGAGAGAUGGAGUAUCUCUAAAGAAUUACAUGAGCAGAUUCAAUGAUGUGGCUGUAAUUCAAGAUCUUAAACAUGAAAGAUUCAGGGAUAGCUUAAUUAAGCAUCCCACUACCACUUUUAAUGAGGUUAAUGACAGAUCUUUGAAAUUCAUAACUGUUGAGGAAUAUGCCUUGUCACAGAAGCUAGUUCUUGCUAAGAAUCAAAACCCAGCUUGGAGAGAUGAGGGGAGUGCACCAGAUAAUAUGUAUUAUCACUGUUUUGAAAGCCUAGAACUAGAUCCGGCUCCGUUGCAAAGGUACGAUGGUCCUAUAUAUGGAUUCAAUAACCAACCUGUUCAGGUAGAAAGAGUCCUUACUCUCAAUGUUGCUUUUGGGAGUGGCCGAACUUACAUUACCCCCUCAAUUCGGUUUCUAGUUGUCAAAAUAGCCUCAUCCUUCAAUGUUGUUAUUGGACAACCUACAUUAAUUGAGAUCCGAGCUGUGGUCUCUCAAUCUCACCUCUGUAUGAAGUUCCCAAGCCCUAUGGGAGUAGCAACAUUACGAGGCAACCAAGAGGUGGCUAGACAUUGCUAUAUUACCUCAGUUACAAGGCCUCAAAAAGGAAAAGAUCAGACAUCAAAAACCAUUUCAAAGGAAGUUCGUGAUAACCAAGAGGUCAUGGGGGUCAAGGUACUUGAUAAUAGAUCCAAAGAUGAAACUCGAGCUACUCUAGUUGAAGAUGUCGAGGAAGUACAAAUUGAUAACAGAGAUCCGAACAAAAAGACACAGAUCAGAACUCGGUUGAACCCAAAGGAAAGAGCAGAACUAAUAGCUUUCCUUCGAGCUAAUAAAGACAUUUUUGCUUGGACCUCAGCAGAUAUGCUAGCGAUUCCAACCUCAGUAUCUCAGCACAAGUUCAACAUCAAUCCAUUGAAGAAACCAGUAGCCCAGAAGUGGCGCCUCUUUGGGGGGAAAGGCUUAAGGCAAUGCCAAAAAGAGAUCGAAGCGAAAAACAACGAUAUGGUGCAUAUUAUAGUCUUCCAACAAAGCGACGUAAAGGUGGAGCAAUAAUACUUUCUCAUUAUCAAUAUCCUUUGCAUAUUCUUCAUUUUAGAUAUCAUUUUGAAAUGUUGACACACUAUUGUACUCAUUGCUGGUCUGUAAGGUCUUGAGAGAUUGGGGUUUUCCUUAUGAGAGGGAAGAAAUACAAGGGGAAAAGUUAA